AUGGCAUCAUCAGCAUUAAAACGCAUUAUCCCAUUAUUUGAUCGUGUUCUUGUCGAACGCUUUGCUGCUGAAAAAGUAACUAAAGGUGGAAUUCAUGUACCAGAUAAAGCAUUAGGCAAAGUUCUUAAUGCUACGGUGGUUGCUGUUGGUAAAGGUCUUAAACAAAAGGAUGGUACUCAUGUUCCAGUGAGUGUUCAAGCUGGUGAUAAAGUUUUAUUACCAGAAUAUGGUGGUACUAAAAAUUCAAAUCAGUUUUGGUGUAAUCUAUGUCAACGAAAAUUUUGUUCUUCAAGUGCAUUAUAUCAACAUGGCAAACGUUUAUCACAUUUAAAACGAGCUAUGAAAAUGUCAUCUGCUCGUUGUACAACAAUAACUAAUGGAAAAAUUACAAGUUGUGUACAAAAAAGUAAACCAUUAAGCAUACCAAUAUCAAUGACUCGUGUUCCUUCACCUCCUCCUGCUGUUCCACAAACAGAAUCAAUAACAAAAGAUCAAAUUAUUAUUCGGAAACAUCGACAUGACCAAGAUAAUUCUAUAAGUUAUACAUGUAAUUUAUGUGGUUGCCGAUGUUGGUCAAUACGUAAUAUACGUCGUCAUAUACGUCUUCAUGCUGAUGUUCGUCCGUAUACUUGUAAUAUAUGCCAAUUAAAAUUUAAAUCAUAUAGUAAUUUAAUGAAACAUUUAAAAACUAAUCGACAUCAACAAAAUAAAGACACUAAUGAAAAAAAUUGGACGAUUGAUACACAAGCACUUGAAGAACAGAAUAAAUUAAUAAAUCAAGUAUUAAUUAUUGAUGAGGAUAAUCAAAUAGUAGAAUGCCAAAGUUCAACUGAAUUAUCAUCUUCAAUAGACGAAUCGAACAAUCUACUUGAAGAUUUACAUAUACCUGAUAGUCGUUUAAUUGAUGGCGAUGCUGCUGAACUUGCUCUGAUUGAUCCAAAUACAUUUGAAGAAUUACAUAAAGCAGCUGAAUGUUUACUUAAUCUACAAGGAGCUUUUUAUUUUGGUGAAGAUGAAAAUGGAACUGAUAAAACAAAUCCACUUCUCUCGAAUUAA